AGACUUUUAUACUUUAAAGUAACACUUGUCUAAAUUAUCCUAACAAUUAUCUGCUUGCUUGUAAUAAAUUUAUACUUUUUUCCAAUCUGCAUUUCAAAACAGGUAUGUUAAAACUUAUAAAGUAAAUGAAUUGUUGUUUCUAACGCGAGACUAUCAGCGUUUUUAUGAUCUCUUACGAUGAGCAUGAUCAUAACGAUAGGUGUAUACAUAAUCUGCUAUAUAAUAUUUUAUAUCACUAAUAAAUUGACGCUCACGAUAGUAUUGUGGACUCUGUGUGUCAUGCACUAUACACAAUCACAAUGUGGUACUAUACAUAAACAAUUAACAGCAUUGUUUAUGUAGGUAAGUCCUUGUAUUUUACUUGUUAUUGCAAACUUAGUGGCCCAAAAAAGAUUAAGAAUAUAAAGUUAUAUAUUUCUUUUAGUAAACCAAAAGUUAUAUUUUACUAUUUCUUUGUUUACAAGAUGUUCCUUAGUGCUAUAAGUAUUUGUCUUGUGAGCUCAGCAGUUGGUUUGUUACUUUCAAAGAGUAGUGUUCAGAUCUGUGAAAACAGAGGCUUGCAUGGUCAUGGUGAUCCUCAAAAUCUUGUUGCUGGAAAGUCUUGCGAAAAGAAACUAAUUGUGGUGAUGACGGUCAAGAACAAUCAGAAAGGUACAGAGAAAUUGUAUGCUACUGUAUCAAGAGUCAGAGAUGAAACAUCAAAUGAGUAUGCCAGACUUUAUAACCCGUUUAUGAUCACUUUAUCAAAAUCACCUGUGCUUAUUAAUUAUCCUUAUUUCUACACAGGGUUUUCAGUGAACAAUCUUCCUUACGAGGAAAUAAAGAUGAUGAAGGGCAAUUGGUGGUCUUCAGACAGUUCAAAACAAUGUUAUGAUCAAUGGCAAGCAGAAGAAAAAGAUGAACUGAGACCAAUAUGUGGGUACCAGUACACAACAAAGAAAGUAGUGCAACCAGAUGGAUCAUACAAAGAGGUGAAAAACAGAAUUUGGGAUAGUCAGGGCUUUUGCUGUAAGUGUUCUUCUGAUGAAAAAAAUGCAAACACGUUCGAAGAAGCAAAAAAUUACAAACGGUCCGGUUUAAAUUGUAAAUUUUUUACAAAGGCUUCCCAAGCUUCUGGGCAUUGCAUGAAGAUGGAUAAACUGUGGUAUAUUUUGUAUUCCUCUUUUAUAUCUAGCUUGCUAUUUUGGUACACAGUGCAUUCGUUUACAGAAUCGUAUCGAGAUUUUACAAUCCACAUUCGAGCUUUCGAUCAAAUCGAGAAAGUAGUGAAUGACAAAACAGUAGUAGAUUUUGUGAAUGGUGGAGAGAUAAUUCUCUCUCCUUCUCAAAAGAGCGGAGUUGGAAAGUAUCAGAGGAUUAUCGCUCAUUAUGUAGGGGAUUUUGCUCCUGUUAAAUCAUACCCAGUGCUAACUGAGAGAUACCUCUUAAUACCAAGAGCUGCACGAGAUAUUGAUGCUGAACAACAUCCGCAAAUGAAGGAUGGUCCGUCGAAAUAUUUGAUUCUUCCGAUGAGUUAUGUUGAUCUGAGGGGCGGCGCAUGCAACAAAGUGGGCGUAUCCUACAGUUCUUUUAAAAAUCAAGCGCAUUCUGGUGAAGGGUUUGGUUGUCAACAACAGAAAGGAUACUGUUUGAUGAAUCAACCGCAUCAUUUCUUCCAAGAAGACCUGCCACGUGGUGUUCUUUGCAAAUUUCAAAUUUUAAGUGCGGGGGGCGUGAUCUAUUUCAAUAGUGGACGAGACUAUAAUUAUGAUCUUACUUUCCGUGAGCCAAAAAUAAUUCUGAGGCUGUUACAAGCAAGUAGAUCUCUCUCCUAUUGCGAAGAUUAUUUAUCUUGCAUCUUAUCUCAAAUUAUCAUUUGCACAAUCGUUUUUAUCACAAUAUUUUUCUUGUUUAAGGAUCGGUUAAACAAAGACGAGACCCCGCAAUGGUUUCCCUCUCGGUAUGGUAAACUUGUUGGUGUACGGAAGCCAGUUGGAAAAGAGGCUGAUGAUAAUUUUCUAUUAUCUUUCGAAUCAGAAGAGGACCAUGUGAGUUUGGUUACGCUGCAAAUCAGCGCUGAUGACGUCAUCCUUAUCGUUAAUAGGGCAACCGGUGAAAUUGUCCGGGCUGCAGUUCGAGAUUUCGAAGCUCUGUCAUUGAAUGGUAAAUUGCACGUAGAAGUGAGGAACACAGGCUAUGUCACUGCUGAUUUUUAUGUCAGUAUCCCUGUGUGUUCAGAAGGUAUACAUGAGGUCCAAGAAAAAGGAGCAUCAGUGGAUCCUCAGAUGACAAAAUCCUUCACUUUCUCACUUAAAACACAUAAAAGCGAAGGAACCUUAUACUCUUGUAUAGUUCAGCUGUUUGAUUCCAAAAGAGCACUACUCGCUCAACGCAACAUCAGCUUUUCCACCACCACUCCUUGUGUGUGUGAAGAAAUGGCGUGCAAAUGUGAAUGUUCAGAUGAUGGUGGUGUAAAGUGUGUCAAGGAUAAGGGAAAAGCUAUCGUUCGACCAGGUGUUUUUAAAGUCAAGAAGAAGUCGAGUGGAUUCUUUGAUACGUUUAAAAACAUUUUUAACGGAGUUGAUAAUAUGUUCGCCGGUUUAUUUGGCAACUUUUGGCCAUACGUUAAAAUCAUUGUUUUGGGUGUGGUCGGAUUAAUUGCUGUCUCGCUGUUUAUUAACUGCGGAGGAAUUAAACUAGUAAUGUAUCUCAUCAAAGGAAAAGCAUUUAAAUCAGCAAGAAAAGGGUUUUCUGAAAGGAAAGGAAAAUUUAAAAAACGAUCCUCAGGGAAAGGUGAGCACGGCGAAGAGGAUUUGUAUGAUGUAAUAACUGAGCAAUCGAAUACACCAACCACAAAAACUAAACAAGGUAAAGGAAAACAAAAACAAAAAGGAGUUCCAAGCAAGAAUAUUAAUAAAAAGGUAUCAAGCACGAAACGACAGAAGUCAGUAGAUCCACCUUCGUCAUUAAGCAACCGAAAUCAACAAGAAAAUUCAACUAACCUUCCAUCCAAUUCCACAGUACCUAACGAAUUGAGUAAGUCAAGUAAAUUAAAAGACAUGUCGUCAGCUAAAAGCGGAAAGAGAUCACCAUCGCCAAAGAGACCACCUCCUCCUACCCAACCCAAUAAAAGUUCCGUGCAAGGCAAAUCGAAAAAUUCUGCGGCGCCGAGAAAGCUUAGCAGAUCGCCUACUCCUAGCGAACCUGGUAAAAGUUCCGUGCAUGACAAGCUCAAUAAAUCUACGGCACCGAGAAAGCCUAGUAGGCCUCCUACUCCGACUAAACCUGAUAAAAAUUUAACCAAUGACUCAACAGUUUCUUCGACAUCAAACAGACCAAAGCCACCACCUCGAAAGCCCUCAAGAUCACCUUCUCCAAAUCGAGAUAAAAUGCAAUCGCCUUCAAAAUCCCCACCACCAAAGAGACCGAACCCCCCUGCUAUUGUUUCCUCUCAACCAAAUACAAACCCUGAAAAGAAACAAGUACCCGGUCAUAAAAAUGUGAAAGGUGGAGCUCCACCAUUACGACCGCCUUCGCCACGCCCAGCCAAAACCGAUCCACCGAAAAAAACAUGAAUUACAACAUUGAAAACGAUGAGGAAUCGUGACAAAGCAUAGAACUAAGCAGUUACCCUAUCAGGGGAAAGUGACUACUUUGAGCCAACAUAAAUCCGGCUUAAGUUUUUUAGUCAUCCUUCAGAAAAGCUUUUUUCCGAUUUAUCUUACAGUUUAUAAAAGAAAUCGAAAAUUGACUAAUAUUAGUGAGGUUUGACUAAAUUCCUCCUCAUUAAGUUUUCUCCGGCUAAUAUUUUUCCCUGUUAGGGUAUAACGUGACACACCUUGAAUUAAUUUUAACAGUUUUAAUUGUAAUUAAUUUGAUGUUGUAAAGUUGAAAAAGAAUUGUCUAACUUAAAUUUCAUCCGUAUUGAAAGCAUAUGAGUAACCACAUAU